UCAGUCUCCUCGGGUCGCGCGGCCUACACUGCCGGUUGCACUCCACCAAAACCCUCCCUUUACCCUUUCCAUUCCACCGCUACUUUGACUUUCGAUUCACUUCCCCCACCCAUUUUCCUCUCCUCGUCGCCGAUCGCAAUCGGGAAUCGUCCCGGAUAUGCACAAGAGCCGGCUCCAGGAGCUCUGCCAGCGCCAGCAAUGGUCGCUUCCGGAGUACGCCACCUCACAUGACGGCCCUGCCCACAAUUUCCGCUUUAGCGCUACCGUCACCGUCAACGGCUCCUCGUUCCACUCCCCCGAUCUCUCCCGGACAUCCAAGGAAGCUCAGAACAAGGCCGCGCUGGUCGCUUUCGAGCAGCUCUCUGACGUGGUCCCGCAGUCGCCGCCCGUGGACUUACCACCGCCUCCAACCCCUGCACCGGCCCUUCCUAUAGAUCUUGGCAAUCAAGUUUCAUACAAGAACCAACUUCAGAUAUAUCUUCAGAAGCAAGCUAAAUGUCUACCAACAUAUACCUAUGUUUGUCAUGCUCUUCAAUUCAAAGCUACUGUUAAAGUUGAUGAGCAAACUUUUGAGAGCACAUCAUAUUGUCAUACUGUCAAGGAAGCUGAACAUUCUGCUGCAAAAGUUGCUUUGAUGUCAUUGUUUGGUGAUCAGCAGGAUGAUGGCAUUAUGUACAAGAAUCUAUUGCAGGAAUUAGUACAAAAAGAAGGGUUGCCUAUGCCAGAGUAUAACACAACGAGAUAUGGUGAAAGUCAUGUUCCUACUUUCUCUGCCACUGUUGAAAUCAAAGGCAAAUUAUUUCAGGGAGAUGCAGCGAAAACCAAGAGACAGGCAGAAACGAAUGCUGCAAAGAUCGCAUAUUCUUAUCUUUACCAAAGUAGGUCAAGCAGAUUUUCUUCCCAUUUAUCUUCAAUAUUGGAAGAGCAUAUGGAAUCUGAACCUGCUGCUUCAACAUUAGUGCCAAUAAUCAACACAAACUCUUCAAAGACAGGUUGUAUUGAUGAUGGUGCAGAAGAUGAACAUGACCAUGACCAUGCCCAUGUACAGAAGCAAGAACCUGGAAGUGAAAUUAAAAUUAGCGAAAUCCUGCAAGCUGAUCUUGGCCAUGUCAAGAAUCAAGAAUCUGCAAGUGCCAUUACAAUUAAAGAAAUUCUGCAAGAUGAGCAUGAUCCUGUGGAGAAGCAAGGGCAUAUCAGUGCUAGUAAGAAUGGAAAACAACCCCUACAAGAUCUCCCUGAAUCUGGCAGCUCAGCAUCAUCCUACAGUCCUGACUGCUCCACUCGUCAUAAAUUCACAAGCGCACACAGUGAACUUCCCAUGCCGGGAAGCAGUCGCUCAAUGCUGUGCAAUAGGGUCCAAGUUUAUCCUCGCAAAGCUGACAUGGUUUUGCCUGAAGGUGGAACCAUUCUACCCUUCAGCGAUGAUAGCUGGGUCGCCGUCAGUUUGGACUUCUAAAAUCCAUCAAGGCAAUUGUUCUUUAGGCAGCAGACCUUGUCAUGUUAUAACAAUGCGAUAGGGCACAGACAGCUUCGUGGGUCAUUGCUACGUAUGCUCUUUCCAUAUCAGUAUGUGCAGAGACAGAUUCCUUGGUUCGUAGAAAGACAUUUUAUUACACAUGGUUUGUGGCUUGAAUUGAUUUUGACGAGUAUUGUUUUCCUUUUUCUUUUAAUAUUAUCAUCUAUGCUUUUGUGCCCA